UUUUCAUAGUCAGGCCCAUAGAAAUACCCAAGAAGAGAAAAAAAAUUUAAGGAAACAAGUAUUGUGUUAACCAGUGUAAUAUAAGCUUACUCAAAUUUGAUAACACCCAGCAGAGAUGGAUUUUGAACGUAUUGGAACAACUGACAUGAGUUUGCUAGAACAAAAAAGUAACAUGGUUGUUGCAACUGCAAGCGGAAGUGCUCUGUACCAAUAUCUAGCAUGUUUUUCUGCUAUAUUGGCAAUAGUAUCCAGCGGUUUUCACUAUGGUUGGCCGUCACCAACAUUACCCAAACUCUUAGCCGAGGACUCACUUAUUCCCAUAAAUGAAGAACAAGGAUUUUGGCUUGCCACCAUGCCAUUAUUUGGUGCUUUUGUUGGUUCAUUUACCAAUCCGUUGCUAGUGGACAGAAUAGGAAGACACAAAAUGAUAUUAUUAACAUCAGGACCUUAUCUAAUGGCGUGGAUUAUGAUAUACUUUGCAAGAAAUGUCCCUAUGAUGUAUAUUGCCAGAUUCAUCGCUGGAAUAUCAGAUGGUUGGAGCUUCUCUUCUGUUCCAAUGUACACUGGAGAGGUAUCAGAUGCAAAUAAAAGAGGCAUGUUUGCCUCGUGGAGCAGUAUUUCAUUCAUUUUUGGAAUUUUAGCAGUAAACUUCAUUGGAUCCUAUCUGAGCAUACAGCACACUGCCAUAGUAGGUGGCGCUAUACCUGUAUUAUUGAUUUUAACGUUCAUGUGGAUGCCUGAGUCUCCUUAUUAUUAUAUAGUCAAGAAUAAUUUAGAAGGUGCCAAGAGAAGCCUUAAAAUUUUAAGAGGAUCAAGUGACGCUGAUGUUGAUACGGAACUGAACAGGAUAGAUAAAGCAGUCAAGGCCGACCUUACAAAAGCGCGCAUAAAUCCUCUACAUCUAUUCACUUUAAAGAGAAAUCGAAAAGCCGUACUCAUAAUGAUGUUAUGCCGAGGAACACAACAGUUUUCUGGUAACUCAGCGAUAUCUUUCUAUGCUCAAAACAUAUUUAACGCUUCCGGAGAUUUUAUGUCUGCUGAACUUGCUUCCAAUCUGUUCUUCCUAACGCAGUUAGUAGUUACAAUACUAGCAUCUACCGUCGUUGAUAAAGUCGGAAGACGACCCUUGAUAUUGAUAUCUGUAGCUGGAGUAGGAAUAACUCUAAUGGUAGAAGGAAUAUACUUCUACUUACAAACGUUAAUAGAUGUUAGUAGUUUUGCGAUGGUUCCAGUCAUUGCUCUCUUGGUGUACAUUAUCUUCUUCAGCAUAGGUCUCCAAGGUGUUCCAAUUAUCAUUUUAAGUGAAGUGUUUAACGCUGAUAUUAAAUCAGUUGCUUUGGGAUUCGCUGACAUAUAUUUUGCUAUAAUUGCCACUGCCACGUCAAAGUUCUUUCAAGUUACCAGAGAUCACUACGGGAUGCAUGUACCGUUUAUUUCCUUCUCUACCAUUUGUGCCAUUGCUGUUGUUUUGAUAUUCAUUAUGGUUCCUGAAACGAAAGGAAAGACCUUGGAGGAGAUCCAGGAUUAUUUUAAGGGAGUCAAACAUACCAAAUCGACAAGUGAAUGUAGUAAUAGUUAAAAUUGUGUUAUGACGAACAAAUUAUUGUGUUCAAGUCAACUUCUUGUUCUUUAUAGAAGUUACACGAUAGGUUACAUUUUUUUGUAUUUGUCUUUGUAUUCUAACCUAUUUUUGCACUGCUGAUUACAAAGAACACUUUUCUAUCUAUCUCUCUAUAAGCGAGGUUCCUACAGCCUCUGCCGCUUCUCUCAUUUCAAUCACCAUCGUUUUCUGUUCAUCCAUUCGUCUUUUUUUAUGGCUGUAUCUCUCAUUAUGUGCCGUAUAUUUUUUUUACCAGGCAACUAAAGGCCUUGCCCUUCUUCUUCUUUGUUGCGGUAUGUAAUUUAAAGCUAUUUUUGGCCAAACCUUCUUCAUUCAUUCGUUUCACGUGACCACACCACACAGAAUACACAAUAUUUAUCCUCCUUCUAUUUCCACUAUUCAAAUUCCACGACAGGAAGUUCUUAUCAUUAUGGGAGACUUUAAUGCCAAGAUUGGAGCUGGAGAUAAGACGCAGUACAUUGGCGCACAUGGACUUGGAGUCAGAAACGAUAGAGGAUACCUCCUAGAAAAAUUCGCAGAAGACUCAGAACUCGUUGUCACUAACACAUUUUUCCAAUUACUACCUCGAAAGCUGUACACAUGGAAAUCCCCUCAAGACAAACCCGGGAGAAUUAUUAGAAAUCAAAUAGAUUACAUUUUAGUAAACAAAAGACUCCGAAACAGCUUUACAUCUGUCAAGACUUAUCCUGGAGCAGACUUAGAGACGGACCACGUUCCACUGGUGCGAGUAUUUCGCGUCAAACUCACAAUAGUGCAGAAAAAGAAAUCACAAUCAUACAACCUACGUAUGCUAAAAGACAAUGACACGAAAAUGAGGGUCCAAGCUACGUUAAACGAACAAGUGACUGCAUUUAGAGAUGCAUCUAACGAAGAACAAAUGAUCAAACAUCAAACAGAUGACCGAAAUAGUUCAAAAUGUAAAGGAUAGACACUUACUUACAGGCAGAUAAAUUAACCAAGAAGAAAUCAUGGAUGACAGAUGAGAUCCUGAAACUAAUGGACGAAAGAAGAAAUGCCAAAAAUGACCCCGACACAUAAAAAACAAUCAAUAAAUCAAUAAUAAGGAAAAUUAGAAAAGCGAAAGAAAAAGAAGCAAUGGAGAGAUACCAGGAAAUUGAGAUUCUACAAUCAAAGUACGAUAGUCACAAUGUACAUAGGAAAGUUAAAGAACUCACAGGUAGACUAAGACGGAGUCAGAGAGCAAAUCUAACUGAUUUUGACGGAAACAUCAUCUUAGAUAAACAGAGUAAAAUUAGAACGUGGAAAGAAUAUCUAGAAAAACUAUUUGAAGACCAAAAAGAUAAUACCCAUGAGCUAGAAGGAGAGGUAAAUGAUGGACCAAGAAUAUUACAGCAGGAAGUUUAUUCUGCCAUAACACAGCUAAAGGAUGGCAAAGCAGCAGGUCACGAUAAUAUACAAGCAAAACUACUCAAAUUGAUGGACAACGAAUCAAUAGCAAUAAUCACAAAGAUGUUCAACAACAUAUACAACUCUGGACAAAUACCAACCGAAUGACUGAAGUCUGUGUUUAUUGCACUUCCAAAUAACCAGGAGCCAAAAAGUGCGAAGAAUACCGUACGAUAAGCCUGAUGAGUCAUCUCCUAAAAUUGUUCCUAAAGGUAAUCCAUACGAUAAUUUACAAGCUAUGUGAAAGUCAAAUUUCGCCCAACCAGUUCGGGUUCAUAAAUGCUGUUAGUACGAGAGAGGCUUUGUUUUCAAUACAAGUCUUAUUCCAGAGAUGCAGAGACGUAAAUUGCGACGUAUACGCAUGUCUGGUUGAUUUCGAGAAGGCGUUUGAUCGAGUACAACCCGCCAAGAUGAUGCAAAUACUAAAAGAAGCAGGAAUUAACAUCCAAGAUAUGAAAAUAAUUAGAAACCUUUACUGGAAUCAGACUGUAAACCUCAGAGUUGACGGUGAACUCACCGAAUAUGUCAAAUUCUGCAUUUCCCCCCCCCCUCUAAUUUUCAGUCUUUACUCUGAAAGAAUAUUUAUCGAAGCUUUGCACGAAUCUCAAAAAGGGAUUCUACUAAACGGGUACCGGUUAAAUAAUAUCAGGUAUGCAGAUGACACGAUAGUAUUUGCGGACAACCUAGAAGACCUACAAGUUCUCAUGGACAAAAUCACGUAUUACAGUCAACAAUAUGGACUCAAUAUAAACGUGAAGAAAACAAAGCUUAUAAUCGUCAGCAAGAAAAAGAUAACAGAAGGUCAACUCUAUAUCAACCAAACCCCUGUAGAAAGAGUGAGGCACUACAACUACCUCGGCACCAUAAUAAAUGAAGAAUGGACCAACAACCAAGAAAUAAGAGCGCGCAUCGGAAAAGCUAGAUCAAUCUUCAACCGUCUGGGGGCGUUUUUCAAGAGCCACAACCUUUCUCUUGGUAUAAAUGUAAGAAUGCUGAGAUGUUACGUCUUCUCUGUCCUUUUUUAUGGUGUUGAAUCAUGGACCUUGAACGAGGAUAUGUGCCGAAAAUUGGAAGCAUUUGAGAUGUGGCUAUAUCGGAGAAUUCUUAAAAUCCCAUGGACUGAUCGGGUCACAAAUGAGGAGGUUCUUAGAAGAAUGUGGAAGAACUGAGAAGUACUGACCACCAUCAAAUCUCGAAAGUUGGAAUACUUUGGACACAUUAUGCGAAAUGAAUGCAGAUAUGCCCUCCUACAAGCCAUCCUGCAAGGAACAAUAUUUGGAAGGCGAGGUCCAGGAAGAAGAAGAACAUCCUGGUUAAAGAACCUCAGAACCUGGUUCAACACAACAUCUGUGCAGCUUUUCCGGGUUUCUGCAGAUAAAGUAAAGAUUGCCAUGAUGAUCGCCAGCAUUCGUCACGGAUAGACACAUCAAGAAGAAGAAUCCUUCUUCUUAUAUCUUCAUUCCUGAUGUGAUCUUUUUGGAUAUACCACACGCUCUCCUUAGAUCAUCCAUUACUACUUACCAUAAGUCAUAAUAGGCUCUACCAAGGUUCGGUAGAUUGUCAAUUUUGUUGUUUGUCUAAUGUCUUUAGACCAUAGUAGAGAGCUUAGAAUAUUUACAGUUUUUUCCCUGUUGCGGUCUGUUUUCGAUGUCUCUUUUAGUAGAACACUUCAAUUUAUCAAAAAUACUUGUAAUAAGAAUUUUGUUAGAGAAAUGCCAAACAAUUCCUUUUGAGACUGUACUCCCAAUCAAUGUACUAUUUUUUUCUAGUGGUUUGGCGUCUAUCACUUUUUUGUUUAUAUUUUAAUUGGGAAAACAUCGAAAAUCAAUGUUUUUUACAAAAAUUUACAAGCUGUCAUAUAAAUGACAAACCCCUUAGAAAUACCUAUUAAUGUUCUCAAACCAAAUACUAUUGACUGCAAUACAUCCAACUCACACAAAAAUCUGGAAGCACGUUGCCACUAGCUCGCUAGCGCCACUGUCGGCUUGAAGUCAAACUACGUUUUGUGUGUGUGUGAGACAGAAAAAAUGGCUUGGAUGCGGGUCCGUUAGCCACAGAUUUUUAUUUUAUUUUUACCUCAAUUUAUUAGUUUUGUUAUAUUUAUACCUAUUUCACUUAAAUGACUAUAUUUGUUUCGCUCAAGUAGUUAAUGAGUAAUUUAAAUAUUUCCAUUUUAUGACAACUUAUUAGAUAUCCUAUACUAAUUGGAAAAUGAACUUGUGUUUGUCGUAAAUUGUAAUAUAAUUGAUUUGUAUAUCUCUCGUUAAUUUUGCAUUUAAAGAAAAUAUGGUUCAAAUCUCUAAUCGAAACAUUAUCACAAAAACAGACUGAUGAAUUAACUAUUCCUAAUUUGUGCAGAUGUGUCUCAUAUUUUCCGUGUCGAGUUUUUAAUCUGACGAUAGGAGAAAUAUCUUGCUUUGGCAGGUUAUACUUAAAUAUGUAUUCAGGUGGCGGAGGAAGUUCUUGAUGUAAAGAAAAAUAUAAAUUUUUUGAUAUGCUUGAAAUAUUUUUCCAUUGUUUUUUCCAUAUUUUAUUUAUUCUGGCUUUGACGUCAUUUAUUGCAUCUGUCGAUAAGAUCUGAGUUAGAAUCUCACCAUUUUUUAUUGCUUCUUUGGACAACUCAUCCACUUUCUCAUUACCCAGUAUACCGGCAUGCCCUUUUGCCCAUAUAAAUACUACUUCCACUUUAGACAAAUUAUUUUUUAUAUUACAUAAAAUUUUUGAUUUGUAUGAACUAAAAUCAGUGUUUUCAAUUGCAUAUAUUGCAGAUCUGGAGUCUUUUAUUAUCACAGCUUUUUCAAUAUCUCUUUGGCCCAUUCUAGAGCUUUUUCGAUGGCUAUAAUCUCAGCUGGAAAAAUACUACUAAUACUAGAUAAUUUGUAAUUAUUAUGUUGAUGGGUAUUUUGCACAUACAUAGCACAUCCUAUUCCUGUUUGAUUUUUAGAACCGUCUGUGUAAAUUACUGUGUAAUCCACAAAGUCGCUCAGUAUAGAUUUUAGUAAAAUAUUAUUUAAAUGAUUUGAUUCUGUAUAUUUAGGAAUUAUGAUUCUUGGCUUUUUAAUCAAAGUUUUAUACGGAAAUUUAUAAAUUGGUAAUAAUUUACUGUUGUGUAAAUCUGUAUAAUUCCUGGUUUCAAUGAAUGCAUCUGUUAGUGGUGGUGAAUUUUUUAUUCUCCAAUAUUUGCUAGUUAAGUUUUCCAUGUUUAAUAAAGCCAGAUUUGUUAAAAGGUCUGACUCAGUGUUUCUUAGCUUUAUGCAGUAUUUUUGAGCUAAAAAUUGUCUACGUAAAUUUAAUGGGAUUUCGUUACACUCUGCUAGCAUAACGUUUGUUGGAGUGGAUACCAUUGCACUUAAACAUAUUCUCAAGCAUCUGUAUUGUAUCCGAUCUAAUAUUUUUAAAUUCGUAUUGCUUGCUGAUCCAUAUAUCCAACACCCAUAGUCCACGACUGACCGAAUACAAGCAUUGUAGAACAAUAAAGCUGUUUUGGGGUCUGCACCCCAUUUUCUGUUGGUAAUACACCUUAGUAUAUUUUUUUUCCAAACUACGUUUUGAAAAUGUAAAAUGUAAACAUUCAAAUUUAAUUUUAUAAAUUUUUGAAUAACGAGCUAAUUUUGCUAAAUUAAAUUAAAAUAAAAAUAGUUCAAAAACUUACACAAAAACAAUAAUAAAGCAAUUUUAUAAAUGUAAGGUUAGAUUGCUCUCGUUAUCACCGCACACCACUAGAUGGCGCUAUAUUGUUUGCUUCCUCAAAUGUAAUGGGAAAUUUCAAGAGUUGUAUGUAUUACAGUCAAUAGUAUUUGCUCAAACUAACAAAUGGUUUCACCAUAAAACAUGAUACUUAUAAGUAUACAGGAACCGAUCAAGGACCAAAAUCUAAAAUAGAAUAUAAUUAUCAGAUAAGAGAUAGGGAAGUAUUUAGAGGCCAGAACAUUAGCCCAGGUCGUUUUCAAGUGACAACAAUAAUUUUGUAUUGAAUUAGCAACCACUUGAUGUAAGUUCAAGUUCAAUAAUACAAUAAAGCAUCACAACACUAUCUUCACGGAAUAUCAACUAUGUACUUGUCAUUUGUCAUGCGCUAUACAACAGCUUCCUCAGAAAAUAAAUUUUAAAUAUUACUCCACUGUAAAAUGGACCAGCAAUGAGCGAUAAGUGAAGUUCAAUGGUAGUUCAAACCAUUAUAGUCUUUAUUCUGGAACCUUUUUGGGAGACUGUAGUUACUGGCUCUGUUUCUAAUCAUCUUGUCUCUUCUAGUCUUAUCCAACUUCUUCUUCUGCAGAUGAAAAUCCACCCAUGGGUGAUAGCGAUCACACUUUCUAUUAACUCCGGAACCAGGACAUUUUCUUGCAUCCUAUUCCUUCUCUUACCUUCUUCUUACAUAUUCUUACCCAACAUCUACCGCAAUAUUUUAAUUUCAGCUAUUUCCAUCUUCUUUUUCUGAACCCUCUUUACAGACCCAACCCUUCUUCUUACUCCCACUCACAUAUACUCUGUUUUCGACCUACUAAUCUAAAGUCCUCCCUCUUCCAUAGCCUUUCUAAAUCCCUCCAACUUCUUAUCCAUUACCACUAUAUCAUCCGAAAGGAGCAAUGACCAAAGGGGGCCUUCCCUUACCUUCUCUUCAGUAUAUCCAUAACAAGAUCAGACAGGUAGGAACUCAGUGAAGAGCUUUGAUGCAAACUAGCCGUUAACGGAAAUCUUUCAGUCAAUCCGACACUAGUUCUUAGGAACCCAUGCUCUCUUAACAUCACCACAGCUAUUGAUACAGCUUUGCAGACGAUCUUUCCUACCGACGAUCGCUACAGCGCGCAUUCGUUUCCUCUUUGCUACCUUCUAUGUUCUCUUCUUCUAAGAGAAUAGGGGUCGUGUGCUAGCUCAUUUGAAAGGUUCUUCAAUUCUCUAUUCAGUAAUAUAAACAUUUACAUAAUUAUUUAUACAGGGUGUCCAAAAAAUUUUUAUUAAAUUAAAUUAUUUGACAAACAAAAGAAGUAGAAGGACACCCUGUAUAAAUAAUUAUGUAAAUGUUUACAUUACUGAAUAGAGAAUUGAAGAGCCUUUCAAAUGAGCUACCACACGACCCCUAUUCUCUUUUAAAAAAAUCAUCGAUUACGUCAUCACGCCCAGACGGAUGACGUCACUAGUAUACCAUAUAUGCCACAAUAUCAUAACUUAAAAAUAAAAAUAUACAUGUUUCGGGAUUUUUCCGUAAAGUCGCCGGUUUACGAAAUAACGAAUUUAUUAAUUUCAUUUGCUGUCGGUGGAAAAUAGUGUCGCGCACGCUUGAUUAGCAAUUAAAAAACAAAGGAGUUUUGAAUAUUGUAUUGCAAAAAACUCUUCGGGAUUUCAUCAAUAGAUGUUUAAAGAAUAUCUACCUACCUUGGCAACAUUCAAAUUUUCAGUUUUUCACAUAGUUUUUGAGGGUUAAAAAUGGCCGAUUUCACAACUUUACAAUUUUUAAUCGAUUAUAUGUCAAAAACUAUCAUUUUUAGAGAAAAGUCAUUAAGACCUUUUCUGUUUGGAAUGAUCCAAAAAACCUAAAAAAACUUUUUUCCAUGCAAAAAAAAAAUAGUUUUAGGAAAAAAACAAAAAAAAACGUUUAAAAAAUUUUUGACCACCUUUUGGUCCUGGCAACAGUUUUUGAGUAAGAUUGUGCAAAAAAUCCGAUUCAGAAUAUUUCUCCUAGCGGAUGCGCAGUGGCUUUCUGGACUAAGAGUGGCCUGAGUUCAAUCUCGAUUUGAGAUUUGGCAUAAAGUAAAAAAUUAGUCCUUUAGUCGUUCUCAAUUUAUAAAUACAUUUUUUUUUAUUGUUACAAACGCCAUCUGUUUAUUUCAAACUAUAAACACUAAGCAUUUUUAUUGAACAGAAUUUGAAACAUUAAGAGUGAUCGCCCAGUGGCUAUAACUCUAUUGGUUGAAUGUUUCUGGAUAUACAUUGGUAUGACUUAUAUCUAUUUACUUCACUACUUAAUCUAAACUUAUUCUAAACUUUUACUUGUUGUCUAUUGUCUAUAGGGUAAAUCCAGUGGACUACGAAUAUUAAUUUAGUCUGUUGUUUUGUACACUGUUGUCAAGGAGACCGAUUACAAGAUUGUUGGAGUGCACUUCAAGACGCUAGAUAUUUAUCACUACACUGCGCGAUCACUUGUUUCACUGUAGGAAUUUUUAGAUCACUGUAGAUGACCUGGUUUGAGAUAAACCAAGGGACAGUCGCUAUAGUUCUUAUUUAGUAUAAAUACAUAGUAUUAAAUGUUGUUUGUUGUCUGGUGGGAGGUAACUAAAUAGAUAAGGAAACAAUGGAAAUUAUGUUUGCAUACAUUUUUGGGAAUUUUAAGAACUUGUUUGCAUACAUAAAUAUUUACUUUAGAACUUCUGUUUAGAGGAAGAUGCUGUAUAUGUAGAUGAUACUUAUCAUGUUGAGAAUAUUCUGUGAAAAUCAAGACAGUGUUGUAGAUUAAUGUUUUCUGUUAUUAUAUCAAUAAAUAAUUAUUAUAUUACUAAAGAAAGACAAACCAACAAGUUUGUAAGAUAUCAAAUUAUGGGGGAUAGUAUAAAAUGUAGCUAAAUAGGGCCGACAAAAUAAUUGCAAAAGCAGUGAUUGAGUAAAAAAAGAAGAGACAUGAUGAUUUAGAAAAAGCAGUAAAAAACGAACAAAUAGCAUAUAAAAUUACAUUAAUAUUCUCCCCCGAAAAAUGCCAACGAUUGCAGACAAAAGAAGAAAUUAAUCAGUAAUUAACAAGAAGACUACCUCUUAAAACUGCUCCAUAAUUAACAUACAUAGAGCAGAAUACCCAUGGAGUACAGAUAAAUAGCAAUGAAUAAAAAGACAGUGAUAAAUAAUUAAGUGAAGGAUGAGAUGGAAUUAUUAAGUACUGAAACAAGCUCCACAGACUACAAAAAAUUAAUUUGAUUUGUUGACUUAAACAAUGGUAUUUUAAAAAUAAAUAUAAUAUAUAUAAUACAAUAUAAUAAACUGCUCGUCAAAAGUUAGGGAUAUAGUAAAUUCUGCUGAUUUUCAUAGUUGAUUUUUUCGCGAACAGACGGAUUCCGCUAUUUUUUUUUAUUUUAGCCUUUUCUUUAGUAUUUACACAGUUGUGCAAAGGUUUACUUAAACUUAUUUUUUGUACUUAUACCGGGUGGAAGAAAAAAAUAUGUUUUUCUUGUGUUAAGUUUGAGACAAACUGUAGGGAGAACGAGGUACAAAUGUGAGUAUACAUCAGAAUAAUAUUGUAUUCUUAUGUUUUGUGAACAUGCUGUUGUUUGAAUGUCCCUGAUAUCUUUAGAAACAAAAAAAAUAGAUGAUUUUGUAAUUUAACAUGUGUUUUAACCGAAACAAACGUAUGAGACACCUUGUAGGGAAAAAAAGGCACAAAGGUGAGUAUACCCCGAUAUUAUGUUGUAGUCUCAUAUUUUUUGAAUAUUCUAUUUUUUUAAUUUCUCUGAUAAUAAUCUUUAAUAACAAAGAAACUAGACGGUAUUACUCUUUAAUAUGUUUUUCUAUGUUUCACAUGUGUGAUGUGACGCAUUUCGUCAGUUAAAACACAUAUUAAAGAGUAAUAUCGUCUAGUUUCUUUAUUAUUAAAGAUAUCAGAGAAAUUAAAAAACAAAAUAUUCACAAAAUAUGAGACUACAACAAAAUAUCGAGCUAUACUCACCUUUUUGCCUUUUUCUCACUACAAGGUGUCUCAAACUUUUGUUUCGGUUAAAACACAUGUUAAAUUACAAAACCGUCUAUUUUUUUUAUUUCUAAACAUAUUAGGGACAUUCAAAAAACAAAAUGUUUACAAAACAUAAGACUACAAUACGAUUUCGAUAUCUACUCCCAUUUGUACCUCGUCAUCCCUACAGGGCGUCUCAAACUUAACAUAAGAAAAACAUUUCUUUUCUUCCACCCCGUAUAAGUACAAAAAAAAGGUUGAGUAAACCUUUGCAUAACUCUGUAAAUACUAAAUAAAUGUCUAAAAUAAUAAAAAAAAUUAGCGGAAUCCGUUCAUCUGUUCACGAAAAAAUCUACUAUAAAAAUUCAGCAGAAUUUUCUAUAUCCCUAACUUUUGACGAGCAGUUUAUUAAUAUAUAUUUAAAACAAGCUACGAUACCAGAUGAUAAAAAAUGACUAAAAUAAUACUCAUUGUAGAACUAUUUUUUUAUUUUCAUAUUUAGGAGACAAUGAUGCUUAGGUAAUUAUGACUUACUAGUUCCAAUUGGUUGAUGGUUACAUUUGAUUUCUUUAAUGAUCAAAAUGUUUUUAUGUUUAUUUAUUUCUAACCAUGUGUUGAUAUACGUACAGGUUGAGUUUUUAGUGAAACAUUGGUCGAAAAUUGCAUUAGAAUAACCAAAAAAGUUAAAUUUGUAUAUAUACAGGGUGUCCAGUUUAAAAAAAGUUUGUUUGCGUUACGAUGUAGUUAUUAAUCACUCUGUAGAAUUCAGCAUAUAAUCCAAGUCUGGAGAACAUCAUAGCCUACAUUUUUUUAAUCAUUUACCCAUUUUUUCUAACUAACUUAAAAACUCACUCUGUACAUAGAACGCUGAAAUAGACUGUAUAUAUUAUUAUUUUAUAUGUGUUAUCCUGUCUAAUACAAGAUUCUGUUGUUUUUGAGACAGUGUAUUUAUACAUUCUGCAUACUGUGAUACUAUUUGUAUAUGAAAAAUUAAUAUUGUAAGUACGAUAGGCAUUGACCUCACUGUACAUAAUUAUAAAAUAUUUUUUAAAAACGUUAACUAAAUAAAAGUUUGUGUUAUUUAA